AGUUUGGACUACAGUCGCUGGAAGCGCUGGUGUAGAAAUUUUAAAUUACUUUUUAGCCGGCCUUCGUUUUCGACAUUUGACGUUUGUUGAUUGUUGAAAAUUUGACGCCAUUACGUUUUAGUUUUGCAUUUGUGUGGAUUUUUUAGCGUACUUUAUUAUGUUUCUUUUGUUAAAUAUCUGUGUUUCUCAAUAUUAGACAUGCUUCAUAGUGGUAAGUAAUAAUAGAUUGAUUUAUUAAUAACAAACUUUGAAUUAUAGGUUACACUUGCAUUCUAGUGCUCAACUUGUGAAAGCUUGAAAUGCUUGCAUAAUGCAUAGUACUAAAAAAUCGCUUAAGUUCAAUUCUGUUACUGUUAUAAGUAAAAGGGUGCCUGUGCUAUCAAGUUGAACUUGCAAUGAAUGAUUAGCGAUUACACAAGUAGAACACUUGGCACUAGCAGAUCGCUUUCAGUGCACACUAAAGAUACAGGUUGAAUUCGCUAUUAACUGAAGAUGGUAUUUUGGUGCUGUGUACCUUCAUGCUCGGUUAAAGGUGGAGAAGGAAUUGUAUUACAUAGGUUUCCAAAGGAUCAAGUGCUAUUUACACAAUGGCUUGAAGCUGUUGAUAAUGCAAACCUGUAUGAGCUAAACAGAAGUGUUGUUUAUAGUAACUACAGGGUAUGUCACAAUCAUUUUCAUGAAAACGUUAGGAUUGCUUGCGGGAGAAGGGGGUCAUAUUUACAAUAUAAUGCUGUGUCAACUGAAAACCUUGGAUUACAUAGAAAAGAUUCUAAUGCAACCACAUCAGCAUUAACAUGUGAAGAACCUACCACAUUUACCACAGACUCUGCAACAGAUUUCAAUGAUAGCACGUCAGCACCAAUAUGUGAGGAACCUCUCACAUUUGCCACAGGCUCUGCAACAGGGUCUCAAGUAAGUGCUGCCCUUGGUGCCGCCACGUUUCAUAAUAAUAAGCGCAAAAGUGCUGGUGUGCCUAAUCUCAAGGUUACUUUUAAAACUUCUAGAAGAGGUAUAAGGGAAAGGAGUAAUUUAAUUAAGUCUUUUAAUGUGACAAAAAUUAGCCAUUUACCUAUACAAUCGCAACAACUGUGCAAAAUCGCACGAAGUCUUAAGAGUACUGCAAAACGUUUGGAUAGAGAAUUGGCAACUACCAAGCAACGUCUCAAAGAAGCAGAACAAUGUUUAAAUACGGAUUUUAUGAACCUGAAAUUAAACAAGACCUCGUAUACAUUUCUAAUGGGGCAACUAAAGCAUCAAAUGACUUCUCCAAGAGCUAGACGAUACUCCAUACUGGAGAAGAUAUUUGCACUCGCGCUAUUAAAGCAAAGUCCGAAAGCUUACAAAUUUUUGCAGUUGGUGUUCGCUUUACCUUCAAAGAAGACACUUCUGAAUUUGCCCAAUCAGGUUCCUUUUGAAGACGGAAUCAAUGCAAAAAUUUUCCUGCAAUUAAGUGCUACUGUUUUAAAGAUGGAACCCCAACAUAGAUAUUGUGUAAUCAUCUUUGAUGAAAUUUCGUUAGAGCCAUCUAUCCAAUAUAAUUGCAUUUCUGACGAAUUGGACGGGUUUCAGGACAAUGGCAAUGUGAAAAUUCCUGUUAUAGCAGACAAGGCACUUGUGUAUAUGUCGCCUACUUUAAAGCUAAAGCUACCUUUCCUAGUUCCGGUAGUGGCAAGCGAAACUUAA